UACAUUGUCAGUCUUUGGGCAUACGAAGACGAGUAUAAAUCAAGCUUUAUAUAUAUUUAAACGAUACAAAACGAUUCCUUUCCCUAAAGUUUGAGUGUUGUAUGUUUUUGUAAUGGCCGACGUGAGGGGGUCCUGUGACGACGUGCGGGACAACGUGAAGAAGUACUACGGCAGUCGACUGGGGUCCUCUUGUGAUUUGCAAACGAGCGCCACCUCCUGCAGUCUGCCUCGCCGCCCUCUGCCGAGAAGCGUGAGAGAUGCUCUGAGCCUGGUUCACCCCGAGGUGACCAAGAGAUUCUUCGGCUGCGGCCUUCCCUUCCCGGCGAAGCUCGCUGGCUGCAGAGUCCUGGACCUCGGCAGCGGCUCCGGCAGGGACUGCUACGCCUUCAGCAAACUGGUCGGGCCGAGCGGACGCGUGACGGGGGUCGAUAUGACGGAGGAGCUGAUCGCGGCGUCCCGUCAGUACAUCGAGUAUCACCAGAAGAAGUUUGGCUACGAGGAGCCCAACGUCACGUUUGUCCAGGGGUACAUGGAGAAGCUCGGGGAAGCUGGCAUACCGAGAGACUCGGUGGACGUCGUGUUAUCCAACUGCGUGGUGUGUUUGUGUCCUGAUAAACGAGCCGUGCUCCAGCAGGCCCACGACGUCCUGAAGGAGGGAGGCGAGCUGUACUUCAGCGACAUGUAUGCCAGCGAAGUCGUUCCUCAUCACAUGAAGGAAGAUCCGGUCCUGUGGGGUGAAGGAAUGGGUGGUUGUCUGUUCUGGAAGGACCUCGUCCCGCUGGCUCGCAGCGCGGGCUUCAGCGCGCCGCGCCUCGUCUCGGCGAGCCGCAUCGAGAUCUACAGCGGCGAGCUGAAAGCGAAAGCGGGUGACGUCAGCUUCGCUUCGGGCACCUACCGGCUCUUCAAGCUGCCCAAAGGUCCCGUCUCGUCUCAGGUGACGGUGACCUACAGAGGAACGGUGGAGGAUUUCCCAGAUCAGCUCGACUUUGACUCCUCCCACUGUUUCAAGACAGACGAGGCGGCGGCGGUGAGCGGAGAGACGGCGGCGAUCCUCCGGGCGUCUCGUUUCUCCACGGAUUUCAAAAUCGAGGAAUCGGAUCAACCCGAGUCCGACUCCACGGGGCAGUGCUGCCACCUCGACCCGUUCCUGCUGGCGGACAGUCUGGGAUCCUCAGUGAGACAAUGCUCCAAAAUAAACAAAUAAAGACACAGAUGAAUCCUGAGACUUCGUAGAACUGGAAUCAGAUUGUAACACAUUUUUAGAGUUUGCUUGGUUGUUGUUGUUUUUUAAGUCCUGAACAUUCGAGACUAGUGGUGUUAUGUGCUUGUUCCAGGUACACGGUACAUUUUCCAAAGUUCAGUUGUUUUUCACAAUAAAGCUGACACAGGUAAAUCAUAAAUAAGUCUCCAAAUACAAAAAAAUAGCUUUUUUGGAGUAAUCGUUUUAACUUUUGUUGAUUCACUUGAAAGUAAACGAACAAGAAAAAGGAUUUUUGUACAAAAGACAAUAAAAGCAUCUUCACUGUAUUAAACCAUUAAAGCAC